AGCUCAUCAUUCUUUCUUCAACGUUUUGCGAAGCCGGCUGUGUCGCAGAAAGAUUCCUUUCGUUCCCUUGCAAAAAUUCUAGAACCGAUUGUGUUUCCGGAAGUCCAGAAUUUUCUGGAACGAACGUUACCCGAGAGUGUAAACUACUGGAGCCCGAGUGUAAUUUAAAGUGUUUUAUAGUUUACCCAGCUGUUGAUAAGAAGCAAACGCUAUCAAGAUGCCGGAAGCCGAAGUCGAAACCUUUGCGUUCCAGGCUGAGAUCGCUCAGCUGAUGUCGCUGAUCAUCAACACCUUCUACUCGAACAAGGAAAUCUUCCUGCGUGAGUUGAUCUCCAACUCUUCCGAUGCCCUGGAUAAGAUCCGCUACGAAUCGCUGACCGAGCCCUCGAAGCUGGACAGCGGCAAGGAGCUGUUCAUCAAGAUCAUCCCGAACAAGGAAGCCGGCACACUGACCCUCAUCGAUACCGGUAUCGGUAUGACCAAGGCCGAUUUGGUCAACAAUCUCGGUACGAUUGCCAAGUCCGGCACGAAGGCUUUCAUGGAAGCCCUGCAGGCUGGUGCCGACAUCAGUAUGAUCGGUCAGUUCGGUGUGGGUUUCUACUCCGCUUACCUGGUGGCCGAUAAGGUGGUCGUUUACUCCAAGAGCAACGAUGACGAACAGUACGUGUGGGAAUCUUCGGCCGGAGGUUCGUUCACAGUUCGCUCCGACCCUGGCGAGCCAUUGGGCCGUGGUACCAAGAUUGUUCUUCACAUCAAGGAAGAUCAACUUGAGUAUCUGGAGGAGAGCAAGAUCAAGUCCAUUGUCAACAAGCACUCGCAGUUCAUUGGCUACCCGAUCAAGCUGCUGGUGGAGAAGGAACGUGAGAAGGAAGUCAGCGAUGAUGAAGCCGAAGAAGAAAAGAAGGAAGAGGAGAAGAAGGACGAGGAGCCAAAGAUCGAGGAUGUUGAAGACGAUGAAGAGAAAAAGGACAAGAAGAAGAAGACCGUCAAGGUGAAAUACACCGAAGAUGAGGAGCUGAACAAGACCAAGCCCAUCUGGACUCGUAACGCUGACGACAUCUCUCAGGAAGAGUACGGAGAGUUCUACAAGUCUCUCACCAACGAUUGGGAAGAUCAUCUGGCCGUCAAGCACUUCUCCGUUGAAGGUCAGCUGGACUUCCGUGCGCUUCUGUUCGUCCCUCGCCGUAUGCCCUUCGAUUUGUUUGAAAACAAAAAGAAGAAGAACAAUAUCAAGCUGUACGUGCGACGAGUAUUCAUCAUGGACAACUGCGAAGAACUUAUCCCAGACUACCUGAACUUCAUCAAGGGUGUCGUCGAUUCGGAAGAUCUUCCUCUGAACAUUUCCCGUGAGAUGUUGCAGCAAAACAAGAUCUUGAAGGUCAUCCGCAAAAACUUGGUCAAGAAAUGUCUGGAGCUGUUCGAAGAACUCGCCGAAGACAAGGAGACUUACAAGAAGUUCUACGAUCAGUUCAGCAAGAAUCUGAAGCUCGGAAUCCACGAAGACAGUCAGAACCGUCAGAAGCUGGCCGAUCUUAUGCGUUUCAACACUUCGGCCUCGGGUGACGAGUACUGCUCGCUGGCUGAUUACGUCGGUCGCAUGAAGGAGAACCAGAAACACAUCUACUUCAUCACCGGUGAAAGCAUCGACCAGGUCAAGAACUCCGCAUUCGUUGAACGUGUCAAGAAGCGAGGAUUUGAAGUUGUGUACAUGACUGAAGCCAUCGAUGAGUACGUCAUCCAGCAGCUGAAGGAAUACCAGGGCAAACAGCUGGUAUCCGUCACCAAGGAAGGUUUGGAGCUGCCAGAAGACGAAGAGGAAAAGAAGAAGCGGGAGGAAGACAAGGCCAAGUUCGAGAACUUGUGCAAGGUCAUGAAGUCAGUCCUUGAUAACAAGGUAGAGAAAGUUGUCGUGUCCAACCGUCUGGUCGAUUCGCCUUGCUGUAUCGUUACGUCCCAGUACGGCUGGUCCGCUAACAUGGAACGUAUCAUGAAGGCUCAGGCCCUCCGGGAUUCGUCUGCCAUGGGCUACAUGGCCGGGAAGAAGCACCUGGAAAUCAACCCGGAUCAUUCCAUCGUCGAAACUCUGCGUGUACGUGCCGAUGCCGACAAGAACGACAAGGCCGUCAAGGAUUUGGUCAUUCUGCUGUUCGAGACUGCCCUGCUAUCGUCUGGAUUUUCGCUGGAUGAACCUGGAGUACACGCUUCCCGCAUUUACCGUAUGAUCAAGCUGGGUCUUGGCAUCGACGAAGACGAAGUUAUUCCGGAAGAGUCCACUGCCGCUGCAACUGGAGGCGCUGGUGAUGCCCCACCACUAGUGGAUGACUCCGAGGAUGCCUCGCACAUGGAGGAAGUUGAUUAAAUUGACUGAUUAGCAAGAUUACCAUUGAAUGGUUGCGGAGAGAGAGUGAGAGAGAAGAGAAACGAAUGCCUGCCGUGUUGUAACGGUUGGCUUUCUACUUCAACGGGUGGUAGGAUAUCGUUGUUGGAAUAAAAAGCUUUUACCAAUUUACUGCUACGUUUAGUGACAAAGAUCGUAACUCUAGCACCUAAUCACUUAAUGCAAAUAAGUUGUACUCACAGUACUUGUAUUUAUGAAAAUUCGGAUUAAUCAGCUAUAAUUAACGUACGUAAAACUCUGAUUUAAAAUAAAAGAACAAACAUGAUACGAAGAA